ACGUGACAUUAGCGCUCGACGGCGCCCCGACCACGUGAUAUAGACGCCUGUUGCUAUGACACCGACCCUCGGCGUUGCCAAACUGAGAGCUUGCCUUAGCAACAAAAAAUAAAUCGACGGCCUUUCCUUCCCUUGUUUUAUUUUUAGAGUAGCAAUGACAUCAAUAUAUGGUACAAGUGGAGGAAGCAUAGCAAUAAACGUAAGACGAUCAGAAUCUCGAGAUGCUCCUCAGAUUAUGAAACUGUUCACCCAAAGUACAGUGAACAUGUUUGGAAGAAUUAAUAUUCUCUAUCUGCUUGAAAGAGCAAAUCUAGCUGUGACUGUAGAAAAUGAGAAGAAUGAAAUUAUAGCUCAUGCAGCUUUCUUAGAUUACCCAAAUGUGGAGACUAUUGCACAAAACAACUGGGAACCUUGGCUGCAUGCGUAUGGUAAUAGCUUAAAAUGGACACCUAUGAACACAAUUUUUAUGCACUUGUUCGUGGCCAAACCCGACUUUGCCGCUGGUUGUGCUCGAGAGAUUAUCAGGUCUGUCUUUAAUGCUGUCCGAGAAUUACAUUUCCUAAUUCUUUCUAUCGAAAAGAAAGUCAGCUUGGAUCCUUCAAUUGCUCUGCUGUUUGCACCUUUGCCACAAUUUAAGAAGACAGAAGGUGUGCAGUAUUCAGUCAAUGCAUGUUACAGAAAGGACUAUGUUCCAGUAUUACAUAUUCGAAACGCCAGGAUAGAGGAUCAUGAUGAUAUCGCUCCCAUCUUCAAUGAAAUGACUGACACAUUGAGGACCACUUAUGGUGAAUACUUCCUUGCAGAAUUAAUAGAAGCUCAAGAUGAAACAAAUCAUGCUGCUGUCUGUGAGGUAAACAACAUGGCAGUGGGAUUCAUGAGCGUGUGCAGUGAAGUGAACGUUAAAUUACUAAACAGCUGCUUUGAUUUGCGCCCAUUUCAUGGUUUUUGUAAAUUUCUUCUUGUGAAAGAGAAUAGUCCUCCAGAAAUCAUAGAGUCACCAGCAAAGGAAAUUAUUACACCUACAGAGCCUGAAGAUAAUGCAGAAAGAAAGCAGGAAGAAAUUAUCAUCCAGGAUGAAACUGCCAGAGAAUCAGACAGUAAUGGUGUAAACCAACCGACUGAAAAAGCAAGAACCAGCCGAGUGGUUUCCCCCCGUUUAACAGAUGCAGAUAAUGUUUUUUGCAUACAGUUGUUCUGCAUAGAUGAGAAAUAUGAAUCAAGGUCUCAGGACUUUUUGCCCUACAUAUUUAAUCUCUAUCCAGACCGAGACUUUUGCGUUAUCACUGUACCUCAUGUGGUCCCUGAGUUUCCCUUGUUGAAGGAUUUUGUCCGUGUUGUGCCCUACAGCAAGACCACAAUACCCCAUGAGCUGUAUGUCACACAUCGUAAAGGUUUGCUCAAAUCCAUUACGGUACGACUUGCAACAAGCGAUGACACAGAAGAAAUUCAACUUCUUGUCCAAAGUCUUGAACUGCAAAGCAGUAUUUUAGUUGAUUUAUAUACAUAUAAUCAGAGCCGAAGAGAUGAAGAUGGAACUCCAAUGCAGGUCAUUGUCGCUGACGUUUUAUCGGAAAUUGUGGGGAUUGCCAUUAUCAGGAAUGAAGAGGAUAUUGAAUAUAUUCGUUCACAUUACAACAUCGAAAAUUUCAUCUACUUCAAUCAUCAUCAGCGUGAAGAACAUGGGCAUCUCUAUCACUUUGCUUUAAACCCAAUUUUCUACCACCAUACAAAAUAUUUUCUCAAAGAGAUACUCCGGAUAACUUUUAAGUCAUGUCUUUACUAUCCUAUUUAUCCCAAAUCUUCAAAGAAGCUGCGGAGUCCACACGCUCAUUCCCUGACGUCUGCCCUUCACUGCCUUGUUCCUGUGCGCCGAAGACGACAAAUUAUCUAUCCAUUGGAAAAACUUGGCAUUAACGCCCCAUCAAAAAGAAUCACAAAGCAGAAGGCAAAAUAUGCCCUAAAUCACAUAAACAGAAAGUUGACACUGGAGCCAAAAAUAAUCAUAAAUUCACGAAUAGUGGUGGUUGGUGCAUCUGAAGUUGGGAUUUCCUUCCUAGAAACAUUGGUCUUCUGCCCACACCUCCGCUUCAAUAACAUUACAUUGAUUACAGCAUGUGCAGUUCCUACAUUUCACUCACAUCCCUCAUGUAGAAGAUUCCAAACCAGAAGUCACAGUUAUGAACAUGACGAUUAUGCACUGAUGUCAUUGCAGUCUUGGGUUAAUAUAGUGGUCGUCAAGAUGAUUGGCAUUGACAGGGCUGCCAAACAUGUGAUUGUAACUGGUGGUACAAAAGUACCAUAUGAACAUCUAAUCCUUUGCACGGGACAACAGUUCCAGGUUCCGUGUCCCACAGGAGCGGACAUACGAUCAAUUACCAAGGAUGUGAUUGUGGAUCCUGACAAACAAUUUACAGAGCAAGUGCCUUCCAACCUUUUCAUACUGAAUGAUCAUCAUGAGUGUGAAAAUACACUGCAUUGGCUCAAAAAACGUGCAACAAAGCCGAAAGGAAAUAUCAUAGUUUAUGGGAACACAAUUGAAGCUUACAUCGCCGUGAAUACUAUCCUGUCUUGUGGAAUUGAUGGCUCUCUCAUACAUCUGGUGAAGCCUCCUUCAGAACUCGACACCAGUUGUUUUAAUAAUUCUGUAAUAGAAACUGCAGUAAUGGAGGCACUGGAGAAGGAUAAUAUUUCUUUGUAUUCUAACUGUCUUCUUUCUCAGUGGAACGAAGUGAAAGUCCAUGGUCGCAUCGCCAUUUCUUCUUUCACCACUGAUUCUGAACCACUGAUCCUUAACUGUGCGGCUUUCUUUAGCGUCGACAAGAAGAAAGUGGAUAUUGAUGCAUUCAAGGCUAUAAAUAAGGCAUGCCUUGUCUUUGAUGGAAAACUAGUAAUUGACUCUACUUUUCAUACUAAUGACAUUACGAUCAGAGCUGCAGGACCACUUACCAAAUACUCCCGCCGUUAUUACGCUGACCAGUGGUCUCAUGAAAACUUUAAUUCAAAGGAAAUUGGAUUUCAGCUAGCUGCACUCAUGCUACACCUUUUUGAUCCGACUCUGGAACAAAUGACUGAGCCACCACUAGAACUCGAUCUGCUUGUUCCUGCUUACAUUGGUGCUAAAGUCAAAGAAUGUGUUCUGCCUGGAGGAUACCACUACCUACUUAUUUCUAAACCAGGGUUAAUGACUUGUCAAGAUAAACGUAAGGGAAUACCUGAAUAUGGACGAUUAAUAGUCACAGGAAGUCCGAGUACUGGGAACUACUUUGAAAUCCAUUUGAGCCAAUAUAGCAUAGUGGAUUCCAUCACAUGUCUAUCACUGACACAUUUACCAGUCUCCAACUAUAUCUGCUUGUACGGGCAACAUGAACGUCUCCUUAAUAAUCUGUGUUCUCGCUUUGACGAGGGACUAAUCUCAGAUUUGCACAGUUAUUUUAAGGAGCCUUGGUCCCUCUGUAUAUAUCACGACCGUUUCGCGGACUUCAAACAAGAAGUGCGACAGAUAGUGGAAUCUGAAAGGUUAAACGUAAGCGCGCCGAUCGAAGACCUGGUUCGUCAGAUAGCAGAGAGUGAGCUGCUGGUGCCGGAGAAAACGAAGGCAUUUUUGGAAAGGAAAUUCGAUCAGGACGGUUAUAAGCAUCUGAUCGAAAGAAGCCUCCUGAACUACCUGCGCUACAACAAUUACCACCUGCCCAUGUUUGCAUGGCCCGGGAUCGUUUAGACAUCCGCACAAGGUCGGUGUCUCUUUGCACCCCGGUUUAUACCUGCUAGAAUAGAGAGAGAAAAUGAUGAUUAAUUGAUUAUGUUGGUUUAAUGUGGAGACAUUCCGCAGACAUAGUCCGGAAGAUGGCGCACUGCAAUCGGCCGCCGGUGUAGUUAAAAUUGCCUUCAACAUUUUGUUUUAUUUACCUGAGAGAUUCUUUUCCAACCCAGAAAUAAAUAAAGAAAUGUCU